AUGAAGUUAUUAGUGCUAAUAGCUGCUGCACUGUUGAGUUUGGCCGCCGCCCCCGUCGCGGAUGCUUCGCUGCACCUGCGUGUUCACAUUCUGACCGAAAAAGCGGGACUUUACCAGCAGUGCGAGUGGGAGAACAAAGCCGUCAAGUGCGAAGCUGGCAUGUUCUGCCAGAUGAAGGAGAAACACUUUGGCUGGUGCAUGAAAAAGAGCCCGGGACUAAACGACCAGUGCGGCGGCAAGAGUACCGACGGACCGUGGGCUGUGCCCUGCAGUGACAGCAAUCUUAAGUGCGUGCUCAUCUCGGACCAGUACAGCAAGUGUCAGAAGAAGACCGACCGCGAGAAGGUGAAAAUGCCCAACCACCACAAGGGCGCGGGCGUUGAGGAGGAGAAAGUGGCGCUCAACGAGCGCUGCAAAUUCGAGAACGGCACCAAGGGCUGUGCUUCUGGACUACAGUGUGUUGAGGACAGCGACUGGACUGGCAUGUGCAUGAAGAAGGAGGCAAAUGUCUACGACCAGUGUGCUGGCCAGGAAAUACGUGGCCUUUGGAAGGCGAUGUGCCCUAAGGGUGCACUCUGCCGCGAGUCCGACACAUUCUACAGCCAGUGUCUGCCCGAGGCUGUGUCCAAGGCCAUGGACGCGUAA